AUGAGACCCCCCAACCACAUUGUCUCAUUUUCACUCCCCUGGUCCCUUGCAACAGGGAAGAAAUUAUUGCAGAUUUACCUGCUACAGGUCCCUCUCUUUGUCUCACACCAUAAAAGGGUCUCUCACACACAAGACCCAACACCAGUUGCUGUGGCAACAAAACCAGCAAAACCCCAAGUGAGAAAAUAAAGCAGAGGAGCUGCCUCAUCAUGACUACUAGCAAAUCAAGAUAGAAAAGCAACCUCAGUUAGCAAUAAUUCUCUAAUCACUUUGCUGCAGUCCUAAUUCGUACUUUGGUUUUGAUCCUUAAGAGAGCUCCAGAAGCAGAGAAGAGCAGUAAGAUGGAGAUAGAAUUGGUGAAAUGCGAGUGUUGCGGAUUGAAAGAAGAUUGCACUCAGGACUACAUUAGUGAGGUCAAGGCAAAUUUUAACGGAAAAUGGCUUUGUGGGUUGUGCUCGGAAGCUGUUCGAGAUGAGGUCAAUAGAGGGAAGAAACCAUUUGGAAUGGAAGAAGCAAUGAAAGCUCACAUGUCAUUCUGUCGGAAAUUCAAGUCCAACCCUGCUGUCCGAGUUGCAGACGGGAUGAGACAGCUGCUCAGGAGGAGAUCAGGGGAUUUGUCCUCCCCACAAUCGACUACUACUGCUUCCAAGAAGUACCUGAGAUCGGCAAGCACAUCGCAAGUCGGUGAUGAAUCGUCGUUCUCGCUUUACUAGUUCUGAUCAGAACCGGGGGGGACCUCUUCUGGGUUGGAAUGACUCUCCAGCUUUUCGUGGCCAAUUUUCUUGUCUUGUACAGGAAACGCUUUCAAAAGAGAAGCUUGAAGCUAGUUUGUCUUUUCUUAAGAUGGGUAUGCUCUUCAUUUUUCCUUGUUUCUUUUUCCCUCUGGAGAAAAGGAAAAACAAGAAAAUUUUAAAGUAGACUUAUUGAAACUAGCCAACUGUAGAAGAGGGUGAGAAAAAACAGAACCUUUUCUUGCUUUCCAGAACCAAAUGUAAAAACAUUACUGAAGAACCCAGUUUUGCUUAUUUGUCCUUCACUUCUUUCUGCUGCCCUGCUUUUAUUCUGCCAUUUCUUCGGUGCUAGCUUUUUUUA